AUGGCUGCCCUUUUUAUCCACAGGAGCCUUAUUGUGAACAACAAGGACAAUGAUGAGCUGGAACUGGAACGUGAGCUCACCCGGACAUUAGAGAACAAAAUCAUGCUCCUCUAUUUUGGCUCUGGUGAAUGUCCUCGAUGCCAAGAGUUUGCGCCCGUCCUGAAAAAUUUUUUUGUGAAACUCACAGACAAGUUUUAUGUGGAGCGAGCAUCUCAACUAGUUCUCAUCUAUGUGUCAUUGGACAAAACAGAGGAAAAGCAAGACAGGUUUCUGAAGACCAUGCCAAAGAGAUGGCUGUUUUUACCUUUCCAGGAUGAAUUCAAGAAGGAGCUGGCAUUAAGAUUUUCAGUGGCACAUCCCCCUGUGGUGGUAGUUUUGAAGCCAAAUGGUGAAGUCAUUGCCCCCAAUGCUGUGGAAGAAAUCAAGCAGCAGGGCAUAGCUUGCUUCAAGAACUGGCAGGAGGCAGCUGAUUUGGUGGACAGGAACUUCCUCUUGGCUCAGGACUUUGAGGAUUUGACCCUGAGAAGUAUCACUGAUCCCAUUCGGCGAUUCAAGUACAAACUGGCAAAGAACAAAAGGAAAACGAGAAGUAAAGAUGGUGAUGAGGAUGGAGUCUCCUGA